UAAUUCCCUCUCUUUUGUGAGCAGCAUUAAACUCUCAUAAAUAAAAGUAGAACUAAAAAAAUAUCAUUCCCUUGCUUCUUUCUCACUGUUACUCUUUCUUCUUGCGUUUUAAGUAAUCUCUCUCCUUCUUCUGCCACUUCGAUUUUUUCUUUUCUUUCUCUUAGCUCUAAACCUGGAGCUUGAGAUUACCCAUCAAACUUCAUCGAGGAAGCUGAUCUCUUCUAUGGAAUGGAGAUUCUGAUGCCCUUCCUAAGGCUCUGUCUACUUUCUUCGGUUCUGGUUGCUGCUUCCUCCUCAGGAUUGGACUUGUUGUCUCCAUCAUCAUCACCACCGUCACCGUUAAAUGAAGUUCCGAUCAGUUCACCGGAACCUCACAAAAACGGCAAUGCGCCACCGCUUAAAGCCUCUCAACCGUCUAGCCCUCCUAUAGCUGACGUGGAAGCUCCUCCGCCGACAGAUUCUUCCGGAGGAAAAGCACCGUCCGGUGAGCCUGUUGUCUGGGUCCCUACUGCUCCAGUUGCAUCUCCUCCAACUAUAUCCAUUGACAUUUCACCACCAGUCAUUCCAAAGUUACCGCACUCUAGCUCACCUGUACCCACCUCGAGUCCAACAAGAAACUCACCAACUACCCACCCGGCUUUCCCAAUUGAAUCUCCUGCCGGUGAUAAUGGAGAUGACAAUACAAGUCCGGUUGCCACACCAUCAAAUGAAACUGCUAAGCCCUUGCCUGUCUUACCACAUAUAGCUUCUCCUCCUUUGAUUCCCCCCUCGUCCCCAAAGUUCAAUGGACAUUCUCAUCAUACAUCUCCACCCCCACAAUCAAUUCCUUUGUACCAUAGACAUCAUCAAGACCGAAAGAAUAUCACUGAUAGUCCAGCUCCUCCACCACCAAAGAAUUCAAACCCUGAAGGUUCAAUGACUCCUCCAUCAUCACACCAUGCUCCUUCUCACGCUCCUAUCUCCAUACCUCCAUCACCUUCUCCCACCCAAGUUCUUCCUCUCAGGUCCUCCUCUUCAAAAUCUCGAAAACUCCCACCUCUUCAAGCAUUCCCUCCUCCUCCCCCUAACUCAGAUUGUUCAUCAACCGUCUGCUUAGAACCUUACACAAACACACCUCCAGGAUCUCCAUGCGGCUGUGUCUUGCCUAUUCAGGUCUCACUUCGUCUCAGCAUGCCCCUCUACGACUUCUUCCCCAUGGUCUCAGAGUUCGCCCGGGAGAUAAGCGCUGGGGUUUUCAUGAAACAGAGCCAAGUCCGUAUAAUGGGAGCCAACGCCGCUAGUGAACAACCUGACAAAACCAUUCUUCUCAUCGAUUUGGUCCCACUUGGAGAUAAGUUCGAUAACAUGACAGCCAUGCUUACGUACCAGAGAUUCUACAGGAAGAAAGUAUACAUAGAUGUACCGACCUUCGGCGAAUACGACGUGGUCUACGUGCGUUAUCCUGGUCUACCACCUUCUCCUCCGCCUUCCGGCGUGACUGUUAUAGAUCAAGAACCGUUCUCUGGUGAUAAUAACAGCAACGGGAUGGUGAAGAAACCGCUUGGAGUUGAUGUUCCGAAGAAGAUGAGGAAGAAAGAGCUCAAUGCUGGAGGCGUUGCUGUGAUUGUUUUGUCAGCUGCUGCUUUUAUUGGUUUGUGUUUUGUCAUUGUUUGGUUCUUUGUUAUCCGGCGACGACGACGGAGGUUUUCUAAAAGAGACACACUUGCUCCUCCUUCACUGCCUUCCUUCUCCAAACCACCAGGUUCUGUGAGAUCAUUAACCGGAAGCCGGUUUAGCUCAAAGUCACUGUCCUUUGAGUCAAGCAUUGCUCCGUUUACUCUCUCUGCCAAGACGUUCACCGCAAGGGAGAUAGCGAAAGCUACUAACAACUUUGCGGAGUCGAGGGUUCUUGGUGAAGGCGGGUUUGGAAAGGUCUACGAAGGUCUUUUCGACGAUGGGACUAAAGUAGCGGUUAAAGUGUUGAAGAGAGAUGACCAGCAAGGUGGGAGAGAGUUCUUGGCUGAAGUUGAAAUGCUGAGCCGUCUUCAUCACAGGAACUUGGUGAAUCUGAUUGGUAUUUGUAUUGAAGAUCGUAACCGUUCCUUGGUUUAUGAACUUAUACCUAAUGGCAGCGUUGAAUCUCACCUCCACGGGGUUGAUAAAGAGUCCUCGCCUCUAGAUUGGGAUACUCGGUUGAAGAUAGCUCUUGGUGCAGCUCGUGGGUUGGCGUAUUUACAUGAAGACUCAAGCCCUCGAGUGAUACACAGGGACUUCAAGUCAAGUAACAUCUUGCUUGAACAGGACUUCACACCUAAAGUCUCUGAUUUUGGCCUAGCUCGAAAUGCCCUUGACGAUGAAGAUAACAGACAUAUAUCCACACGCGUAAUGGGAACUUUCGGGUAUGUAGCGCCAGAAUACGCAAUGACAGGGCAUCUUUUAGUUAAAAGCGAUGUGUAUAGCUACGGAGUUGUGCUUCUCGAGCUACUCACGGGGCGUAAACCAGUGGAUAUGUCACAACCACCUGGCCAAGAGAACUUAGUUUCAUGGACUAGGUCUCUUCUCACGAGCAGAGAAGGGCUCGAAGCUAUUAUAGACCAGUCUCUAGGACAACCCGAGAUCCCAUUCGACAGCAUAGCUAAAGUAGCAGCUAUAGCUUCGAUGUGCGUUCAACCGGAAGUAUCGCACCGUCCUUUCAUGGGAGAAGUAGUGCAAGCUUUGAAACUUGUAUGCAAUGAAUGCGAUGAAGCUAAGGAACUUAACUCUGUAACUUCACUUACUCAAGAUGAUAGUAAAGCUGGGAGCUCUUGUGGUGGAGAGGGCUCUGGGAGGAUGGCCUUGCUACCGAGUUAUGACUCUGAGCCUGACACGGAGAGAGGAGUUUCAGUGUCGGAAAUGUUCACUGGCUCGGGGAGGUUAGAGAGAGUGUCAAGCUCUGGUCCUUUGGCCUCGGGUGGAGGCAAGAGGUUCUGGCAAAAGAUGAGGAGAUUGUCCACGGGAAGUUUGAGUGAGCACGGGUCAUCAUCACUCAUGGUACGAUCCGGUUCGCGUUGAAGGAUCUUUGGCUGGUUACAGAACGUUGGAGUUUUUGAUUGUCCCCUUUUAAGUUAAGAAAGGUGUCUUGUAUUACAAGGAACUAUUCUUAACCUUAGGGAAACCCGGUUAAGGGAAAAAAUUAGGAGAGAUCAUUCCCGGUCCAAUAGUUGGUUGAAAAGAUAUAUUUGUAUCUUAGAAGGAACAAGAGAUCAGUUGACAAAAAAAAAGAAGGAACAAGAGAUCAUGUUUUAUCUGAUUUGAUUUAAAUGUACAUAUCACACGUUUUAGUCAAAAGACAUCACACCUUUCUCUA